AUGACAGGUUGCUCACUCUGUAUGACGCCACAUCAGCACAAGCACACACGUUCUUCGAGAGACAACAUCCACACCAUAUCCACACCACAUCCAGUCACAUCCACAACACAUGUACACAAAUCCACACGCACAUCCACACCACAUCCACUCACAUCCACACCACAUCCACACCACAUCCACAUCACAUCCACUCAGAUCCACAGCACAUCCACACACAUCGACAGCAUAUCCACACACAUCCACACCACAUCCACACCAAAUCCAGUUAAAUCCACAUCAUAUCUACUCACAUCCACACACAUCCACACACAUCCACACCACAUUCACUCAUAUCCACUCAUAUCCACACCUUAUCCACACCACAUCCACACCACAUCCACACCAUAUCCACACAUGUACACUUUAGCUGAUGAACGUUUAAAGCCGCCUCGUUAUUUUGUGUACACCGUUAAUUGCUAUGUGUAG